AUGGCCGGAAUAUUUGCACAAUUUGGAACUAUUGCAGCUAGCUCAAGUCAGAUUGAGUACGAACUCAUUUUUAUAUGCAAUGAUGUACAGAGAUUCCGUGCAGCGUAUACCAAAUACGGGGCAGGCCGAUACGUCGGCCUAACCAUUGGGAAUGAGGUUCAAGAUUCUGUUGGUAAUAUAAUGGCAAAAGUAUACAGCGUCAGAGGGUACCUGAAAUCUGUGGGCGUCCAAACACCCGUUUCCACGGUGCACACUUGGGUUGACAUUCGAAACAAUCCCGCUCUGUGUGGUGCUGACUUUGUUGGGGCAAAUGCACAUGCAUUCUUUGAUGGUGGUGUCAACUCGGGUCAAGCUGGUAGCUUCCUUUACAACACUGUCAAGCCCGCGUUGCAGGCUGCGUGCCCCGGGAAGAAGAUAUAUAUAACUGAGUCUGGUUGGCCAUCCAGAGGUGGAAAUAACCGAAACGCAGUGGCAUCUGUACCCGAUGAACACAAUGCAAUCUCAAGCAUCAACUGCGCCCGCUCGUGA